AGCUCUUCCGGGUCACUGCCGUCUUCGCCAGCUCCAGACUCCGCCCAUGGCCCGUCCUUCAGGCCUUGACUCCGCCCACGCAUCUGACGUAGAAUUUCCAGGCCGGGCUCCCUGAAGGGCCACCCACCAGCGACGCCGACGUGAGGCUACUGCCAUGGGGCCGAGCGGGUGUGUGGCGCGGUUGCUCGCGCCACUAAUGUGGCGCAGAGCGGUUUCUUCGGUGGCGGGGUGCGCGGUUGGAGCUGAGCCCGGGCUUCAGCUGCUGGCCAUGCAGCGGCUUCCCGUAGGAGCAGCGUUCUGCCGGGCUUGCCAGACCCCAAACUUUGUCCGCGGCCUGCACAGCGAGCCUGGCCUGGAGGAGCGGGCGGAGAGGACGGUCGACGAGGGACGCCCAGAAUCGGACGCGGCAGAUCAUACUGGUCCCAAGUUUGACAUCGAUAUAAUGGUUUCACUUCUGAGGCAAGAAAAUGCGAGAGACAUUUGUGUGAUCCAGGUUCCUCCAGAAAUGAGAUACACAGAUUACUUUGUGAUUGGUAGUGGAACUUCUACCCGACACUUACAUGCCAUGGCCUUCUACAUUGUGAAAAUGUACAAACACCUGAAAUGUAAACAUGACCCUCAUGUUAAGAUUGAAGGGAAGGACACUGAUGACUGGAUGUGCGUGGAUUUUGGCAGCAUGGUGAUUCAUUUGAUGCUUCCAGAAACCAGAGAAAUCUAUGAAUUAGAGAAAUUAUGGACCCUACGUUCUUAUGAUGACCAGUUAGCUCAGAUAGCACCUGAGACAGUACCUGAAGACUUCAUUCUUGGAAUAGAAGAAGAUGAUACUUCAUCUGUGACUCCAGUGGAGUUCAAAUGUGAAUAAAAUAUUUUAUGCACUGCUUUAGUCAUUUCA